AUGAUCGUCGCCACAUGGAACAUAAGGGGGCUGCAGGCACUCCUUACCCAAGUUGCCAUCGUGGAUUUUGUGAGAACACACAAGAUCGAUGUCAUGGGACUAUUGGAGAUGAAGUUCACGAAUGAGAACUAUACAUUCUUUCUUGCGAAUAACUUAAGGGAUUGGAAAACCGUGGACAAUUUUGAGCUGAUCGAGAAUAGCCGAAUGCUUCUCAUUUGGAAUCCAAGCAAAGUGGAACUCGAGCCGAUAAGAGUGGAGCAACAAGCCAUCUACGCUAAAAUCAGGUGCUUGACUUCCAAUAAUUUGUUUCACUUUGUUUUGGUCUAUGUUUUACAUACUAUUCCGGAUAGACGCCCACAUUGGGACUCGUUAGUUGAGCACGUGAUGCAGGAUGAGCCGACACUUGUUAGUGGUGACUUCAACAAUGUGCUCGCUGAGGAUGAAAGAGUGGGAGGAUCUGUACCCACCGAAUAUGAGUUUAAGAAUAUAGUGGACACGUGUGCCUUGCUCGGUUUGGAGGAUAUUAUGGCAACGGGAUGCAAAUACACGUGGACAAACCAUACGAUAUCAAGCAAGAUUGAUCGGGCUAUGAAUAAUGAUGCUUGGUUCACUAAAGGAUACUUGGCUAGUACGGAGUUUCUGCCAUCGGGACCAUACACGGACCAUUCACCGGCCGUCACUACCCUCUUUGGUAAUAUCGUUUCGUACCCUAAGCCAUUUAAAUUCUUUAACUUUUGGCUCAAGCACGCAAGAUUUAACAAGCUCGUGGAAGUUCAUUGGGCCUCAACUGUCCGAGGGAAGGCACAGUUUGUGCUAGCCGAACGUGGAAAAGAGUUCAAGAAGAGAGAUGACACUAUUAUUAGGGAUCAGCAGGAAAUAAUCAACGAGUUUGUGGACUUCUAUUCGACACUCUUGGGUACUAAGAAGACGCUGGAACCCAUCAAGGUGGACAUCAAUCGACAGGGUCCCCUUGUGAGUGAAGAGGAUAGCAGGGACAUGGUGCGAGCCAUCUCAGUCGAGGAGAUCAAGGAAGCUCUGUUUGGUAUCGGGAACGACAAGGCUCCGGGGCCCGAUGGCUACUCCUCGACAUUCUUCAAGAAGCAAUGGGAGAGAGUGGGCAAGGACGUGGUUGAUGCUGUUAAUGAGUUCUUUGAAACUGGUCAAUUGUUGAAGAAUUUCAACACUACGGUCAUUUCACUAAUUCCAAAGACGUCGAUCAACCCAACGGUGGGCGACUACCGACCGAUCUCCUGUUGCAACGUCUUCUACAAGAUCAUCACGAAGAUCCUUUUGAGGAGGAUGGACAAGCUUGUGCACAAGGCGCAAUCGGCAUUCAUCCCGGGGACACAUUAUGGACAACAUCAACCUCGCGCAAGAGCUUAUGGCGUGGCCCGAACGAUGAACUCUAAUUUUAAUUUCCAUGCAAAGUGUACGAGCCAAAAGAUUACUCACCUAGCCUUCGCUGAUGAUCUUAUGCUUUUUAGUAGGGGCGACUACAUGUCUAUGCCGAUAUUGGUGGAUGCUAUGGAGGAAUUCUCCGGCUGCGCGGGCCUCGAGAUCAACAAGGACAAAUCCAACCUUUUUUCAGGUGGCAAGCUGCCACCGCGGGACUUGGAGGAGGUACAGAGCGUUUUCGGCUUCCCAUCAAGAUCCUUGCCGGUGAAGUACUUAGGAGUGCCCCUGGCGUCGAGCAAGCUCAACAUCAUGCACUACACGUCGCUCAUCGACAAGAUUGCAGCCCUCACCAAAAAGUGGACAGGUAAGAAUCUUUCGGAUGCCAGUUAA